AUGACAGACUCUCUCCCCCUCAUCUUCUACGACAUCUCUUCACCCAUAGAACCCCGCUCCUACGCGCCCAAUCCUUCCAAGGCCCGUCUCGCGCUCAGCUUCAAAGGUGUACCCUUCAAGACGACCUGGGUCGACAUCCUCGACAUCUCUGACGUUCGCAAGGGGCUCAGCUGCCCGGCCACCCGUAAGUUCGACGAUGGCUCCGACUUCUACACGCUGCCCAUGCUGCGGGACCCGGCCUCGGGCAGGGUCGUUGGCGACUCGUUCGACAUCGCCAACUAUCUCGAGGACAUGUUCCCGGACUCAGGCGGCUGCCUUUUCCCUCCGGACUCCACCCGCACCGGACUCGACUACGAGAGCCCGAACAAGGACACGGCAUUCUUCGCGCCCCUGACUUCCAACCUGGGGUCCAAAAACGAGGCCUACGCAAGGUUCAACACGCACGUCGACGCCACCUUCUCCGCCCAUGUGGUGCUCGUCGCCCAGUACCUCCCCUUCAACCCGAACACGGCCGAGGCCGUAAGGGCCCUCUUCGUCAAGCGCGCACACCUGCGCUCCUGGGAUGACAUCUGCGCUACUUAUGCCGACCUGAUCGUGGGCGGGUGGCUGAACAUGCUCUCCGCCACCAUGCCCGAGGAGGAGUGGAAGGACUUCAGGACGUGGCAUAGUGGAGUCUUUGCCCGGCUGCAUGACGCCUUGCAGGAGAACUAUUUUGAGUGCAAGUAG